AUGCCACCAGGCCGAACAUCUUUGCCAGUAACAUUGGACAACCAUUCUGUAGCGCAUGUCAGCGUCAAUACAAUGGCCCCGAGACUUGCUUUCGGGAAGUCGUACGAGUGCUUUAGCAUUCUGAAAAGAAUCCUACGUGGGUGGGGAGUCCUCCAACACUUCCGAUAUGGAUAUGAGACAAUGCUGUUCUUCGCGAGAGCAGUAGUAGCCGGGAGGAACGACACAAGUGCGGCAGCGAAGGAAACCAUCGUAAUAAGUGCGGCAGUGAAGAAGACCGUCGUAAUCUGUGCUAUCAAUUUCGUUGAGAGUAGAGCUGGAGUCGCCGAGUGUGUGUGUAAGGUGUGUAAGGUGGCCACUUUGCGGGUAGAUUUAGAAAUUGUACCAUGGUACCGAGAGCGAGGUUGUUCGCGGAUAAGCAGUGGAAACCAAGCACACACUACCAAAGUGAGCGAGCCUAACAAGCACAGCGAAAAGGACUGUUCGAUGACGUGGCACGUAAGAGGUGUCCAUGAUUCAGAUUUAACAACUUUUCCUUGA